GGUGAUGACGGUGGCUAUGGGGUACGCCCGGGUCGUUUGAGCACUGGUGGGGGACUGGCUGGAUAAUAUCGGAAAGAAGACGGCCGCAUAUGGCGUGAGUUGUGGCGAGGAAUGAUGUGAUCUUGGGGACAGCUGGUGGGAAUGUGCUUUGACGAAUCUUUGCUGUCCUCUCGCGUGUGAUUCCUUCCCUGUCCCCAAACCCUCGAUCCUUCCUUCAUGAGCCCCCCUCGAUGUUGCCUUCUUCGGACUACCUCCCACCCCUGAUCACCCGAUUCCUUGUUCCCAUCCCCUUUACCUACCUACUUCCUACCCUCCGCCCCCCUGUCACGUCCCUCUCGAUGGACCACCGCAGCGGCCGCCAAAGGAAUCCUUCCCGGGCGGCUGGUGGAACGAGCUGACGCACCGCUACCCAUGGUUGAAGGACUGUGCAUGGCCCUCAAAACCCACGCAGGCUUUGAUGACCUGCGUCAACCUUGGGGUCAUGGACGCGAUUAAGGAUGCAUGUGACACCGGACGCUUCGCACACUUCUUCGAGAUGCUAUGCUUCAGCGAUUUCGCCGUCCUCGCUGGGGCAUGGGAGCGCAGCAAGCAGGACUUCGAUGAUGAGCUGGGAGUUCUGGGUGAGCAUCUUGAGUUAAGGAAGCAGGACUAUGCUAGGGAAUGUAAGGAGCCGGCGGGGAGAUCCGCCAGGGUUGAGCGGAUCCUCCUCAGGAUAUGGGGCGUAGAUGACUCGCACCUAGAUGGGCGAAUCCACGAUGCACCAGGGGGAUCGCCCCCCACUACGGUAGGCAAUCGGGUCACUAGAUGCGAUGAUCUUGCUAUAGAGGAUGAUGAGAGGGAGGAAACGGAGCGGGCUAUCGCUGCCAUUGCCUCCGCCAUCAGAGAUUCCCCACUCGCGGACAGCCGUGCAAACGCCAAUGUCUCCGAUCAGGACCGAUAUACUGCGUUUGCCCCUCUUGCGUCCACAUACUGGGUAGAACACACGUCCACUGGUUUUCGGCAUGCAAUCUGGAAAAUGGAGACGUUUAACCAUAUAGCACCGACCUCUGUCAGAGCCCUCCAAUUUAUGGGAAACAUCUCGAACGCGCAGGUUAAGGAAUGUAGAACGCAAGCGAUGAAGGGUAAACUAAAAUUCUUCGGCAGGGUCCCGCCGCUAGAUCCCCAGGACCUCAAAUUCCCACCCAUGCGCGUGUUCGAUCUCGAUAAAUGCGGGGACACAAGUUCCGGCAUGUGGCAAAAGGCGAUCAGGCAGCAGGAUAGACUGGAUCUUAGGAAUGUAAGGAAGAUAUGGAGCGUAGGCAGGCCCUAUCUCAAGUGCAAGUGCAAGAGGGAGAAGAAUAAGGACUGUGGAGACACCCCUCUCUGGUUCGACCAUGCCCUCUGGUACCUGCUUGCGCACCCGGACGUAUUGUUCCCGGACAUGUCCUCGAUCAAGAUCAGGACUUCGAUGCCUGCGGAAGUGUUCUGCGACUUCGAUGUGGCGCAAUGGAUGGAAGCCUAUGAUCUGGGGCAAUGUCCAUGCAGAUCGCGCAGAUACAUGGACAUGCGCAACCAAGCUUCGAUUGAACUGCUUCAGUGCGAAGGGCAGAUGCAUGUGAUCACACUAGACUCAUCAAUCACGGACAACCCUCUGCCCCAGGGCAUCAUCAAUGCAGGAUUGAACCACAUCCCAUGCAUGUCCUUGGACAUAGAGGAGGCGCAAAACGAGAUGGGAGUCUUCCUCGACAAGCUUAUGGCAGAAGUACUGGAGUUGUGGGAGCUUUCGACAUCCACCCAGUCCUUUCUGCGAAGGGUAAUCUUGAAGAGGGCGAAAACGAGGAUGAUCAAGUACAAGGAGCAGCACAGGCACGUCUCCGCCGAGCCGUUUGAGCACCUUGUGGUCAAGCGGGAGGUAGAAUUCCUUACUAGACGCUUUCUCAUCUGUCCAACGGAUAAGGCACCAAACACUCCUACCUUCGUUUGCAAGAAUUUCAUUCGGAAGCUCGCUUUUCAGAGACUGACUGGACCUGAAUUCGUGAGUAUUGCUUCCUCCCCCGCUUCUGUCAUUACAAGAAUACAAGGCGAGUUGUCUUCCCUGCAUGUGUUACCGGAUGCCCAUGCUGCGCUCCCGUACCUGAUGGCGGUCUGCAAGGCGCAUAAGGGGACGUUUCGAUGGAUUACUAACACAGCGGGGACCGCGGUCUCCCAUGCGGAUGAACUUUGCGCGUGCCUACUGCGGUUUCUCCUCCCCCUAGUGCAAACGUUCUGCCUGGAGAGGAGCCUGGAGGUGGAGGCGCGGCAUGGGGUUAAGCCGAACCUAUGGUGGUCCACUGCCUCAGUGGGAGAGUUCUGUGCAAACCUACAAGAGAAGAUCUACUCUAUCUUCACGGCGGAUAUCACGAGGUGCUUCGAGGCAAUCCCCACAGACAGCUCAGAGGACAGCUUGCCGACAGCGGUGAGAUUCUACGUGCAAUGCGCGAUGCAAGUGCAGAGGGAGAGGAGCUCGUCCCACGCCAUUCAAAUUCGAAGGGGAGCGAAUGGCAGGUUUCUGCCCUCGUGGGUGGACGCUGGCCAGGCGGAGGAAUUAGGCUCCAUGAUAUUCAGGGAGCAGGACGUAUUUUGGCUUUCGGAGUGGUGCAUUUCCAAUAGCCUUUUACGCAUGGGCGACUUCGUGUGGAGGCAGGUCAAGGGCAUACCUAUGGGGCUAGCAUGCUCUCCCAUCUGGUGCGACGUCUACCUCUUCAAGUACGAAUUCCACGCCAUGAUGAGACUGGCGGAUACGGGUAAUGCACACUUGAUUCCGUUCUUCUCGGACGCGUUCAGAUACAUCGACGAUCUGGGUGCGAUCAACAACACUAUCAUCAGCAGCUUCGUACGGAGGAAGGAAGACAGGGAGGAGAACGAUCCAUGUUGGAUCUAUCCGGACGAGUACAUCGAGAUAAGGGAGAAUACAGAGGUCACCGUCGAUGGAUGCGGACGAAGAGCCAAUUUUCUCUGUGCCACCAUCACGAUCACCUCUCAAGAAUCGGGGACGUACACAACCUCCAGACUUGACAGACGCGAAGGGCUGGGUUUUUCUCCUUGCAGGUUUAUGAAAUACAAGUCCAAUAGAAGCGCCAAGCAGGCGCUGCAGAUUAUCACCGCCCAGGUUGCGCAGGUCCUCCUUCUAUGCUCAGAACUGGAUGACGCGGCCGAGCAAAUCAACAAGGUGGUAGCUGCAAUGAGGAGCAACGGGUUCGCCGGGGACGCCUGCUGGAGGGUGGUGAGGAAGACGCUGCGCAACGUACACCGCUACCAGCCUGGUCGGGUAUCUGUGCACACGGUCAAGGAAGCACUUACGCGCAUGUUCGGUUUCUCUGACUAACGCUGCUCUAUGGGGGACAACUGGGCUGAGAUGGCCGGUUGCUCUCCGGACAACCGCCCGCUCGACCCC